AUGGCUUCUGUUGCGCUAUUUCUCAAGCUAGUUCUCUUGUUUCUAGAGUCUUGGCGCAAGUUUCCUUCUCCAAAGGAUGAAGUUGAAAAGGACAGUCCAGACUCUGUGGCCAACAUAUUCAGCAUUAGCCUAUUCUGGUGGCUUAUCCCACUUCUGCAUCGCGGUUGCCGGAAAACUUUGCAGCUUGACGAUUUGUCUCGUGUGCAAGCUAGGUACGGUCCUAUCAGGCAUAUAUCUCAAGCAUCAGCGCAAUCUGAACCAGUGCAUUCCCGAGCAAGCACUUUGUUGCUCUUGGCACGCAUUCUUGGCGCCGACGCUCUUUACCCAGUUUUGCCUCGGCUUGCACUCGUGGGAUUCUCAUUGGCACAAGUCGCUCUUGUCCGGGCAGUCCUGGCGGUGUUGUCGAGUUCUUCGGGGGUGUCGUCAGACGGUACCAACUACGGUCUUAUCGGGGCCACGCUCCUGACCUAUACUGGCGUUGCUGUGUCGACUUCUUGGCACGGCUAUCUCCAUGAGCGGGCGCUAACUCGACUUCGUGGCUAUUUGAUUGAGAAUAUCUACGACCAAACGAUCCACAUGUCCACAAGUAGCGGCGAGACCGCGUUAAGCUCGACCCUGUUGACGGUGGAUGUCGAAAACAUCUAUAAUGGAUUUCGCAGCAUCCAUGAGCUGUGGGCCGUUCCUGUCCAAUUCGCUCUGGGAACAUGGCUUUGCUAUCGCGAAAUCGGCUACCCCAUAUUUUUGGCCAUGAUCGUGGUGCUUUUCAGCAGCUUGGCCAUUGCUGCAGUUUCCUCCAAGGCUGUGCAAAGACAAAGCAUGUGGAUGUCAGCUGUACAGUUUCGUGUGAGCAGCACAAGCGCUGUUUUGAAUGAAGUUAAAAACCUGAAGCUCUCUGGCCUUUCUGCGACGAUCCGUGGUCUUUUGGCCAACGCGCGGCAAGAGGAGGUGGAUUGCGGCUCCUGGUUUCGUUUUACCAUGGUGAUAUCCUCGAGCAUUUCGCACUGGUCCGCGAUCCUGGCACCCAUUAUCGUUUUCGCCGCGAGCAAUUCUCUCAGCUCGCAAACUGCAUUUACCACUCUCAGCUACCUGACAAUCAUCACCCAGCCACUCGUUGUGUUUAUACAGGUGCUCCCCUUGAUAUUGGCCAGCUUUGUUUGCGCGCAGCGAAUCGUGCGCUUCCUAUCGCAGCCGCGCCACCGAGACAGCCGUCACAUGCUCGAGCCUUGUUCAAGAGACGCCAGCUCCUGCGAAGAGCACUCUGUACACUCACCCAAAGUUGAAAUCGCGGCCUCGGUACGAAAUAUGUCUUUGACUUGGGCAUCUUGCAGUGAGCCCAUUUUACGCAACAUUUCUCUGGAUUUUCCUGCAUCAACACUUGUCGCGGUUAUGGGGCCGGUUGGCUGCGGGAAAACAAGUUUGCUACAGGCCUUAUUGGGUGAGGUCCCUACGACUUCAGGUAUGGUCACUGUCAACGCACGGCGUGUUGCAUACUGCUCCCAGCGGCCGUUCCUGUUCCGAGGCACGAUACGCGAGAAUAUUUUGUGUUCCCUACCGUACGAUCGUAAUUGGUACGAGCAGAUACUUCAGGCCACAGCCCUUGAGCGUGACAUCUCACAUCUCUCCUGUGGUGAUGCAACCAGGUGCGAGACCCAGGGCUCUUUGAGCGGUGGCCAGAAGCAGCGGGUGGCUCUGGCAAGGGCUGUUUACUACAAGCCGGAUAUCUUGCUUGUUGAUGAUGCCCUGAGCAGUCUCGACACCACGACCCAGGAAUGGCUGACACUUCAUGUGUUUGGGCCGAAAGGCAUACUACGAAGGCUCGGGACGACAAUUGUCUACACAUCUAGCAAAAUGUCCAAAGUUGCCUUGCUAGCGGAUCGCUGCUUCUUCAUCUCGGACAAAGGGGAAAUAAACAAGCCCGAGCAGCUCCAUCCAGAUUUGCUUGACCAAGAUGGCGCCGAGAACGAGAGUCUCGAUGGGGUCAUGGAUCAGAAAGCCACUUGGGACUUUGGAGAUGGCUGUAGUUCCACCGAAAAGGUCACUACUACCAAAGAGGAGACUGCCUCCAAGGAAAAAGCUGUUGCCAAGGUUCGGGUCGGCUCGAGUGCCCAAGUCUGGCUAUACUACUUCGGGGCUGUUGGCAGGCUAUCUAGUCUUGUCUUUCUAUGUCUGGUGAUCGCCUAUGGGGUAACCAUGAUUUACCCCACCGUCUGGGUAGAGAGAUGGACAUCGGACUACGCAGCACGCAGUCAUUCAUCCCAGUACUACCUUGGCGUUUACAGCGGCCUGUCCAUUUCCAGCCUGUUAGUAGGUCUGUUUUUAGGACUGGUUGCAUUCGUCACCUUUUCUCGUAACGCCGGCAUCACUCUGCAUCAAAAAUGCCUUGAUACCAUGCUCAAUGCCACGACUCAAUUCAUGUCGAGAAACAGUUCCGGCGAUAUAUUAACUUAUUUUGCUCAGGACUUGACCAUCAUCGACACCCAGCUCUCUGGCAACCUCGUCAAUCUUGCUGGAGCCCUCGCCAUGGCCGUCGGCCAAGCCAUACUGCUCGUCAUCUCAUCGCCCUGGCUCGCCGUCAGCUACCCCUUUGUCGGCGCUGUUCUAUGGGUGGUGAGGUCCUAUUACGUGCCGACGUCAAUGCGCCUGCGCGUGUUAGAUCUCGAAGCUAAAGGACCGUUAGUAGCACAUGUUAUCGAUACAACUCUCAACUUGUCGACAAUACGGGCCUUUGGUAUGACCGUAGGCGAGAUAGAUCGGAACCGUAGCUGGACUGAGCGCUCGCAGAGGCCAAGCUACCUACUUGGUAUGGCUCAGCAAUGGAUUCUGCUGGUUAACAAUCUGAUCGUCACCGGCUUGGCAGUUUCCCUGGUAUCUUUGGCAUUGUUCCUGCGCCUUGGAUCCGGCGUCACUGGUGUCGGGCUUAUCACUGUCAUAACCUUUUCCAAGAACCUGGCGGAUUUGUUUCGCGCGUACACCAUGGUGGAGAUAGCACUCGGCGCAAUCGAGCGGCUCAAAUCUUUUGCUCAGAACACACCACAGGAAGAAGGGAAGUCCGAAAUCGGUGCAUUGGUUGAUGAAUCCUGGCCGGCCCAGGGCGCUAUCGAGAUAAAAAGUGUGUCGGCAAGUUACAGCGAGGAUUCCAACAAAGUUCUUUCCAACGUGGACUUGCGUUUCUUGCCGGGCGAUCAUGUUGGCAUAUACGGGCGAUCAGGAUGCGGCAAAAGCUCCCUCCUCAUGCUACUACUUGGCAUGCUGGAGCCUUUGCCGGGCUCAACAGGCACCGUCCUCGUUGAUGAUGUGGAUAUCAAGCACGUUUGCAAAGAGAAAUUGAGGGAGCGUGUGAUAGCCAUGCCUCAAGACGCCAUAUUCCUUCCUGGGGGCACAUCAGUGCGUCUCAACCUGGAUCCGUUGGGACAGUCAACCGAUGUCACAUGCAGAAGUGCGCUGGAAGCGGUUGGACUCGGCGCCGCCCUGCCGCGGCUCGACGAGGCCCUGGACAGCAGCAAACUCAGCUUCGGCCAACAACAACUGUUCUGCCUAGCAAGGUGCAUCGUACGGCAGCGAGUGCGCGCCGAGAAACCCGCGCACCGAGGCGGCCUGCUUCUUUUGGACGAGGUCACCGCUCAUCUGGACAAAGAAACGGCCCAGGAGAUGAACACCAUUAUUAAGAGGGAGUUUAGCCAUUACACAAUUCUCAACGUUACCCAUAAGCUCCACGAUGCGUCUUUAUUCCCCAAGACUGUCGUGAUGGAGCAGGGAAGGGUGGUUGAAACCGGUAAUACGCAAGAGCUUCUCUCAGAUAAUACCAGUCGCUUCCGAGCUUUGUCCGAUGCGGCACCGAUGUGA